AUGGCGUCGGCGGCGUGGGGCGGCACGAAGCAGAAGUGCGCGUCCUGCGGCAAGACCGUCUACCCGGUCGAGGAGCUCGCCGCCGACGGCCGAGCCUACCACCGCCCCUGCUUCCGCUGCCACCACUGCAAGAGCACCCUCCAGUUUAGUAAUUAUUCUUCCAUCGAAGGUGUGCUGUACUGCAAACCUCACUAUGACCAGAUACUAAAAUCAACUGGCAGUUUGGACAAAAGUUUUGAAGGUGUGACGAGAGCAGCUAAGUCAGAAAAAUCGAAUGGACAGAAGGGCCAGCAAAACAGCAGAUUCUCUAGCAUGUUCGUCGGCACGCAAGACAAGUGCGUUGUUUGUAGCAAGACAGUGUACCCUCUUGAAAAGGUUGAUCUUAACGGAGGCUCAUAUCAUAAGUCAUGCUUCCGUUGCACCCAUGGUGGCUGUACACUCAGCCCAUCCAACCAUAUCACACAUGAAGGCAAACUUUAUUGCAAGACCCACCAUUCUCAGUUAUUUAUGGUCAAAGGAAAUUUCAGUCAGUUUCAGGAGAACACCGCAAAUGCAAAAGUGGCUGUUGAGAAAGAAGCAGAAACUGUAGAAGACACCAAAAAGCCAGGUCAAGGUGAUGAACUUGGUGAGAAACCCUCAGAAAAUGAGCUCACUGUUGACAAACCAUCCCAAGAUGAUGUUGCAGCUGAAAAGCAAGUGGAAAGUGGCAUUGAUGUUCCUAAACCAUCAGAGAGCACACUCCAGAAGUCAGCAGAAAGUGAAACGGUAACUGAGAGUGAUUCAAAGGGUCAGGUGAUCAACAAGAAGCCGUUAGAAAGCAGUGCCGAGAAGCCACCACAGAGCAGUGUGGUUGAUAUUAAGCCGUCAGGAAGCAGUACAUCCGUAAGAAAACCAUGGCAACGCAGUCUUCCCAUAGAUAAGCCGUUAGUGAGUAGUGCAACCGCUGAAAAGCCAUCACCGAGUGAUGCAGCCAGUGAGAAGCCAUCGUCCAGUAACGGGAUUAAUGUGAAACCAUUGGACAGCAGCACAGUUGUAAAAAAGUCAUGGAAGCGCAGUGUAGCUACUGAAAAUCCACAACAAAGCAUGCUACCAUCGGAUAAGCCAGCAUCAGGCAGCACAGAUGAUGUGAAGCCAUCAGAAAGCGGCAAAGCGGUCAAAAAACCAUGGCAACGCACUGUGGCUGCUGAGAACCAAACGCAAAAGAGUGGACCAAUUGAGAAGCCAUCACCUACGAGUGAUUCAAAGCCAUUAGAUAGCAGCAGCACAAUUAAGAGGCCGUGGGGACGCAGAGUGGCCAGUGAGAAAUCUCUGCCGAGCAGCGAGGUUGAUGUGAAACCAGUGGAGGCCAGUACAGUGGUCACUGUGCUACAUCAACAGAGUGAAACGGCUGAGGAACCUCCAGAAACUAAAAAGACAGAUGAUGUGAAGCCUUCGGAGGACACUGCAGCAGUAGAGAAAAAGCCAUGGCAAUUCAACCUAGGAACCGAGAAGCAAUCCCAGAGCAGUGCGGUUGAUGCAAAAAAAAAUGAAAGUAUUGGAGUGGUCAAACGGGCGUGGCAGCGCAACACAUCAUUUGAAAAGCCAUCACAAAGCAGUGCAGCAGCUACAGCAACAUCACAAAGCAAUGUGACCGUCACAAAGCCAGCCCCGAGCAACAUGGCUGUGAAGAAGUCAUGGCAAAGAAGUACAACUCCAAAAAACAUUACCGGGAGUGGUAUGACUACCAAUAAAGCAUUGCAAACCAAGGCAGUGAUCGAGAAGCCAUCACAAGAACGUUCUCAAGAGAAGCCAUUACAGGAAAAGACACCUCAAAUGGCUGCAACCACCGAGAAGCCCUCACAAGAAAGUUCUCAAGAAAAGGCACCUGAAAUCAGUGCGGUCAUCGAGAAGCCAUCACAAGAAAGUUCUCAAGAGAUGCCAUUACAAAAGAAGGGACCUUCUAAGGAGCAAUUUCAGAGUGAAGAAACUGUUGAGAAACAACUUCAAACUGAAGGUACUGCUGAUGCUACACAACAGAGGGACCUGAUUAUCAAGAAGAUACCAGAGCCUGAAAGCGACGCCACUUCUGACAAGCCAACCAAGGAACCAUCAGAGCAUGAAGGGGCUGCAUCAGGUGAGAACUUGUCAAUGUCUCAGAGUAAGCGAACAGUUGAACAGACAUUGGAAUCUCAGGACGUUGCUCCUGAGGAGGCAACUGAGCAGAUACUGGAAGCUAAAAAUGAUGCAGGCAUUGAGCAGCCAUUAGAAUCUGAAAGUAUUGCACCAGCUGAAUUUCCAGUGGAACAGCCAUUACAAUGUCAAAAGGAUGCAGCUACAGCGCAGCCAUUGGAAUGUCAGCGUAUAGCCGAUGACAACGAUCAAUCAGAGCCUAAUAGUGAUGCGAUUGCUAAGGAGUCAUUGCAGCCUGAAUUUGACACACCUGCCGUGAAGUCAUCCGAACCACAAAGAGAUGCAGUUGUUGAUCAGUCAGUUGAGAAACUACCGGAACUUCAAAGUGGCACAUCAGUGGAGGAGCCAGCAGUCCAUCGAAGUGACAUGUCUUCCAAGAAUCCAUCUGAGUCUAAAAGUGAUGCAGAUGCUGUUGAAUCAUCAGGACAGCCAUCAGAGCCUCAGAACGUUCCAUCUGCCAGUAAGCCAUCAGAAACUAGUGAUGCAACUACUGAGGAGCCAUCAGAAAUUGAUGGAGCUCCACUUAAGCUAACUAAGGAGCCAUUGGAACCUCAAGAGGAUGAAUCUGUUGAGAAGCCACCUCAAGAAGAUGAAUCUAUUGAGAAACCACUAGAAACCGCCAUUGGUGUUGUUGCUGAUAAUCCAUCAGAAAGCAGCUUAGCUACUGAAACACUGCCUGAAAGCACUCCAAAGAUCAGUACUGCCACUGAGGAACCUGCACAAGGCGGUAUUUCUGAGGAGACACCGCCUCAAAGCAUUUCACUAGAAAAAAGCACUGUACCUGCUGAGGAUUCCGUAGAUGUCAGAGAGGCCAGUGUUGAGACAUCAGAUGACAGCUCAGCUCUUCAGAAGCCAUUGGAGGACAAUGACAACAGUGCCAAGCCAUUAGAGGACAGCAUAACUCCUAUGAAGCCAUCGGAGCAAGGUAAUGCAAGCAUUGAGCUAGCAGAAGACAAUGCACCUCUUGAAAAACCAUCAGAGGAAGAUGAGGGGAUUGCUAAGCUAUCAAACGUCGGAGUGGAUGUUGAGAAGCCAUUAGUGGAAGAAGUUGACACUGUCAAGCCAUCAGAAGACAUCAUGGCUCUUGAGAAGCUAGUCACCGACAAACCACCAAAGGAAGAUGAGGAGAUUGCUGGGCCAUCAAACAACAAAGUGGAUCUUGAGAAACCAUCAGAGGAAGAAGCUGACACUGUCAAGCCAUCAGAAGACAGCAUGGCUGUUGAGAAGCCAGUCAUUGGCAAACCAUCGAAGGAAGACGAGGGGAGUGCUGAGCCAUUAAACAGCACAGUGGACCUUGAGAAGCCAUCGGAGGAAGAAGUUGACACUGUCAAACCAUCAGAAAGCAGCACAGCUCUUGAGAAGACAGUAACCGACAAACCAUCAGAGGAAGACAAGGUGAGCGUUGAGCCAUCGAAUGGCAGCGUGAAUCUUGAGAAGCAAUUGGAGGAAGAAGUUGACACUGUCAAACCAUCAGAAAACAGCACUGCUCUUGAGAAGCCAGUAACCGACAAACCAUCCGAGGAAGACAAGGUGAGCGCUGAGCCAUCGAAUGACAGCAUGGAUGUUGAGAAGCCAUUGGAGGAAGAAGACGACGCUGUCAAGCCAUCAGGGGAUAGCAAGGUUCAUGAGAAGUCAGCUACCGACAAAUCAUCAGAGGAAGCGGAAGAAGGCACUGGCAGCAAGAAUGACACAGAUUCAUCCACUGACAAACCCUCACCUUCCACAGAAUCAAAUAUGCCAGCAUGA